UCAUCAGCACCACUCAGCGCAGUGGGAGAGAGAACGAAAGAGAGAGAGAGAGGAAGGGAGGGAAACGACCGGAGAAGCGGAGGCUAGCUCGGUCGGUGCAGCCUCAUCCACAUCCGAGCAGAAUCAAGGAGAGGAGAGCAGAAAGACAUCUCACCUUCUCAUCCGCACUCACGGAUAUUUUGCAUCUCCUCUGUCCUCCAUCUGUGAGUCCAGGUUUCUUUUUUCCUCAGCCUCUCUUCCCUCAUCUUGUCUUGGGUAUGAUGAUGAGCUCCAGUCUGCUGGAAAACCCUGUGCAGGCGAUUCUGUACCUGCGGGAGCUCACCACCAUCGUCCAGAACCAACAGAGUCUCAUCCAGACGCAGCGCUCCCGGAUAGAGGAGCUGGACCGGCGGGUAGACGAGCUUAUCGGCGAGAACAGGCACCUGAGGGACGUCAGGGUACAGCAGCAGCAUCCUUACCAUCACCACCAUCACCAUCAUCACCCCGACCCCAGCUGCCUUCAUCAACACCACCACAAGGACCCCCAGCUCAACACGGGUGCGGGGUCUCUGUCGGACCACGAGGCUGAUCCAGCAGAGGUCGACGUUGCUCCAGUGGUCGAGCCGUCGCCUUCUCAAUCUAUGGACCCGGGGGACAUGCAGCUGGUCCCGGCCGACCCGUCCACGGUUGAUCCGGAAGAAAGUGACCCAGAAAACGGUGGAAGUUUCCAAAGCUGCCGCUCGUUGGUUCCGAUGACCCAUACAACCCUUUGUCGAUCCCUCUCAAGGAAAUCAGAGAGUGACAUUCUGCAUCAGUUUUGCUGCCCCGCCCCUGAACAUCCAGAGGCUGACACCAGCGGCUCAUCCGGUGGACAGAUGCUUAGCCUGGAGGAUGGGACGUCCUCUGGUGGUGGACAGGAAGUGGAGGGGACCAAGAGAGAGGGACCGAGCGAGUACGAAAUCUCACUCGAGAAUAAGAACAAACAGAUAGAAGAGUUGGAGCAGAAAUAUGGGGGCCAUCUCAUAGCGAGGCGGGCAGCUCGUCGUAUCCAAACAGCCUUCCGUCAGUACCAGCUCAGCAAAAACUUCCAGAAGAUCCGUAACUCUCUGUCGGAGAGCAAGCUGCCCCGUCGGAUCUCCCUGCGUCAUCCCAGUCCUUCAGGUCGGAACAGGAACACAGCCCAGAGACACAGUUACAGUUUGCAUCCUGGAGGAGGGCAGAUACCCUUACGCUCUAAAACCCCUCCACCUCCCCCUUGUCGCUCCACCUCUCUGCCACCUUCUCCUGCAUCUGCCCCUGCAACCGGUCCAUCUCCAGGCCCGGGCUCAGCCCCAAAUCAAAACCCUGGACAAACACUCACACAGCUGGAAGACUGCUUCUCCGACCAGCUUCACUCCUUGGCCCAGUCAAUUGAUGACGCCCUUCGUGGUUGGAGCUUGUCAGAAGGGGGAGAAGGAAAGGGGCUCCUGAUGGACCCCGGGGCCCUUCGUGCAGCUGCUGAGAGCGCUUGUAUGCCACGCAGUGCCAGCUCGCUGCUCAUGGCCUUCAGGGACGUCACCGUUCACAUUGACAGCAAUAGCUCCUACACCAUCUCGUCCGCCACCACCACGACCACCACCUCUCUGGGCAAUGCAGGUGGGGGGCCGUCUGGCAGCAGAAAGACUUCAGAGAGUGGGACUAAUUUUGGAGAUGGCCAGUUUCCAGAUGAGCCAGAGUUUCCAGAACCUCCACCCAGUGAGGAGCUGGAAAUGGCUGAUUCAGGAUCAAGAAGGGGCUCUGCAGCGCCAGCUCUGGGAAGAGGAGGCAUGGAGGGGGAGAGCGGCUCAGACAGAAUGGGCUCCACAUCCACUUCUACCUCCACCUCUAUCUCCACCUCAGCCCAGUCCAACCAGCAACCUGCUCAGAUUUACACCCAGUACCAGCAGUACCACUACACCCAUCCUCAGCAGAUCCCCGGGGGGCCGAGCCCCGAUGCCCUGCAGGCCCUGGUUGUGUCUCUGCCCAGGGACCGCUGCCAGGAUCCAGCUUCCUGCCGCUCACCAACUCUAUCCACAGAUACACACCGCAAACGCCUCUACCGCAUUGGACUCAACCUCUUCAAUGUGAACCCAGAGAGAGGCAUCCACUUCCUGAUCACGCGUGGUUUCGUCCCGGACACGGCCAUCGGAGUGGCUCACUUCCUGCUUCAGAGGAAGGGCCUGAGCAGACAGAUGAUUGGAGAGUUCUUAGGAAACAGCAAGCUGCAAUUCAACAGAGAUGUCCUUGAUUGUGUUGUGGAUGAAAUGGAUUUCUCAGGCAUGGAGCUCGACGAAGCCCUGAGAAAGUUCCAGGCUCAUGUUCGUGUUCAGGGAGAAGCACAGAAAGUGGAGAGACUCAUCGAAGCCUUUAGCCAGAGGUACUGUAUGUGUAAUCCCGAUGUGGUGCAGCAGUUUCACAACCCUGACACCAUCUUCAUCCUGGCCUUCGCUGUGGUCCUCCUCAACACUGACAUGUACUCGCCCAACAUCAAACCCCAGCGCAAAAUGGGCCUUGAUGACUUUAUACGCAACCUCAGAGGUGUGGAUGAUGGAGCAGACAUCCCCAGAGAGAUGGUUGCAGGUAUUUAUGAAAGAAUUCAACAAAGAGAGCUCCGCUCCAACGAGGAUCACGUCACCUAUGUGAGCCGUGUGGAGCAGUCCAUCCUGGGUCUGAAAACUAUCCUCGCCGUGCCCCACAGACGUCUGGUGUGCUGCUGUCGUCUGUUUGAGGUGCCUGACGCUAACAAGGCCCAUAAACAGAAGCUUUCCCAGCUCCAGAGAGAGGUCUUCCUCUUCAAUGACCUACUGCUGAUUCUAAAGCUGUGCCCCAAGAAGAAGAGCUCGGCCUCGUACACCUUCUGUAAAGCUAUGGGUCUACUGGGAAUGCAGUUUCACCUCUUCAGUAAUGAAUACUACGCCCAUGGCAUCACCAUGCUGAGCCCAUUUACCUCUGAGAAGAAGCAGCUGGUGAGUUUCUGCUCCCCGAGCGGAGAAGAGCUCAGGAAGUUUGCAGAGGAGCUUCGAGAGGCGAUCACAGAGGUCAAUGAGAUGGAGCAGAUACACAUCCAGUGGGAGUUGGAGCGGCAACAAGGCAUCCAGCCACACAGCAUACACACCAAUGGUGGGCAAGUGGACACACACACAGGACACGGCUCUCCCUCAGGCCAACAGGAUGUGUACGAUAAAACCGGCAACAACAACACAGUAGAGGUGUCAAUUCACAACAGGCUGCAGACCUAUCAACUGAGCCCGCCCAGCAUUGAGUCCAUGCCUCUGGCCCUGACCGCGCCGCCCGCCCUACUCAGCCCUGUGCAGUCUGGAGAGCUUCGCCCAGAAACACUCAUCCAAUGCCAGCAGAUAGUCAAGGUGAUCGUGGUGGACCAGAGCGGGCGCGGGCGGAUGGAGGCCUUCCUCAGCCAAGGCCCAGCAACACAUCAGCUCAUACAGUCGGCCAUGUCCACGCCUGUGCAUGUCAGAGAGGGAGACGGCCCUCAGCCUCCUCUGCCGCCUCCCCCUCCCCCUUACAACCACCCCCACCAGUUCUGUCCCCCUGACUCACCCAUGCCCCUCCACCACACCAUGCCUCUAAUCCGCAGGCGCAACUCUAGCGGCUCCCGCAGCAUUGUCUAAGUGGCUCCUUUAUGAACCCUCGGGGCCGGACAUCAGCCUUUCACUCACAGCGACACAUCCAUGCUGAAGUGCUAGCGAACUUCCUUUGAGUGGUAAGAAUAAAGCAUUGCUAAAAAAAAAAGCGAGGAAUAUACUGUGUAAGUCGGAAAAAAUGACAGAGAAAAAGGAAACCAACAGGACUUUAUUCUUAGUCUUGACUCUGUGGUGGCUUCUUUGAACAUGGACUCAAUUGGAGGCCAUCGCGAAAGAUUACUUUUCUUCUUUCUUUUGUCCAACAUGUCACCCGGUAGCUGAUGGUGUUGUCUGUCUAGAUUUCACACCCUUCAAAAGAUCUUGUGACUUUGCAUUUUUUAAAUUUCACCUAUCCAACAAAUGUGUCUGUGAGCUUUAACUGUGAAACCAAGGAGCCAGCUCAGAAGAGCGAACCGGCAGCCCUGAAAGGACAAGGGAUGGCUUUGAAUAUGGAUCAAAGUUUUUGUUAUGCUCUCUUUUAGGAUAUUGAUGUUACGUUCACACCUCUUUUUUUGGUCUUUGGUUUGGAUCAAUCUACAUUUCAGCAGGGCUAAGCCAGCUUCUUCUUACUGCAAUGCUUUUUUUCACUUGUCUGCUUAAUGUGAAGGAACACUCGUGUCAGCUUAUUUGUUUCCUUUAAUUUCUAGUGAACAGUUAAUGAUUGGGUGAGGAAAUAUGCCAAGAAAAACGGGAAAAAGCUCUACCAUCUCCACCCUGCUGUGUGCAGAAAAGGGCAGUAAGCUAUGAUGUUGCUAUUCACUCAAUUAACCUAAAACCUGACGACAAUCAUAUUUUUUUGUGUUUCAUGGUUGUGCUUUUUCCUAAACUUGUGUAUGCAGAUAUGUUCACAGUAGUGUGUGACGGCCCUGAUUCAGUUUGCUCUCAUAAAGCUCAGGACAGGAUUUGCUGCACUGCAACAUGUAAUAUCUGAGAGCAGCGCGCUUAUGUGCUGUGUAUUCAGUCUGCUUACUCACAGGCAGCAGGGAGUGGGACUGGUAAUUAAUCCAAAGCAAGACUAAAACAGCCAGAUCAAGCCUUUCUCCUUCGGUACAUUUACUUGUAAUGGGUAACCUAGUGGGUAAAUUGCUGUUAACUUGGGAUUCAGGCAAUAUCUGUGCCUAGAAAGCUCUCUUUAGUUUAAAGGUGAACACAAAUUGCUCCACACAGGGAGACCAAGGUCACGAUCACUCCCCUCUCACAAAUUAUAUUUUUCCUUGCACAGUGAAAAAAAUGUUAUAUAAACAGAGAUGCAUUCAUAUACUGAAUUUUAAUCAGGGGAAAACUGAACAUGUCCUUCGAAUAUUUAUUGACUUCAUCAUCAGGUUGUCUUUCCAGGGUCGAUGGUUCGAGCUUGAGCCAGUUUGUACUGCAGAUCGCAAAUCAUCCCACUGAGACACACCAAACACGUCUUGUACCUUUUGCACCACAGAAUAUAUUGGAUAUAAUGUAAAUAGAUGAUAUAGAUUUAUUCUAAAAAAGUGAUUGGUUUGCCCAGUGUGUGUAUCUACGUAUGUAUUUGUACAGAGAAGAAUCUAGUUUAAAAAAAGAGAAUAUAAUAGCUAUUAUAAUUAUUAUUUCUAUGAUUAUUAUAUUUAUUAUCGUUAUGAUUAUUAUUCACAUCAGGUGGUCCUAAAUCCUACCGCUACAAGAGACAGGAAACAGACAGCUUUUAUAGAAUAAACUCCAGUUUCCAUGGUAACACAUGCUAUAUUAAUGCAGAUACACAUUUAUCACGAAAUUAUACGGUGUCAUAUUAUUAUAGAUUAUUAAGAGAUGGCUGUGUCACCUGUUAAGGUGUGUAAAGGGCUACAGUAUGCUGUAUUGGUGAAUAUGUGCAGUUUAUCACAAGACACACAUACACACACACACACACACACACACACACACACACAGCAACAGCAAAUCACGCUUAUAUUUACCUUAGAAACUGCUUGAUUUCUUAAGUCAGCACUCCACUUUGUUUACUGUGAAGUCGGACUGACUUGUACAAAAAGCAUGAUAUUGUUUUUAUUUUUAUUUACAGAUCACGGGGGGGGGAAACGAUUAUAUGUUUGUAUCAUAAUUGUCCGGGCAUGUUGGGUUGAUUGAUGUCAUUUUCUCCCCCCCCUCUCUCUACUUCCUCCCUCCUUUUCUGCCCGACCCCUUACCCCCAACCCCUGCCUUCUCUAUGGUUGUCAUGGAGACGCACCAAUCUGCAUCCGUCACUGUGGAGCACUGUCAUUAAUCUUUGCACCCUCACAAUAUUUCUAAAAGGGAGAUUUCUUAAAGAUCAACAUGUUUACUAAUGGAAUAUUUCUUAUUUUUUCUGUUCUAAGAGAAUGAAAGAAUAAAGUAGUUUUUACUCUCUGCCCUGGACUGUCUGUCUCUGUGUGUGUGCUUGUGUUGUUGGCAGAAUUGUCUCCAGUAUGUCUGCUUCUGUAGCCCCCCCUCAGCCUCUCUAAUGAAUGUGCUCCAGGUGUGUGAGGAGGACGGCUGAAUGAAGGAGCUUAUGGGAAAUCAGUCUGCAAAGGUGUUUCUGUGUCCUCCCAGCACAGCGGGUCUG